GUGUGACAUCAUUCAUGUAAAUAUAUAUAUAAAUAUAAACCCACAAGGCCCGAGAACAGGACACGGUGGCGACUGGUUGCUGGUCAUUCUUACUGGUCAAAGCAGAAAAUGUUUUCUUCUGACAGCAGAUGGAGCCGCUUUAAGACGGUCUAACCCAGUGACGAGAGCACUAAGCUGCUGACAGAAGGUCGGGGAAAGAAGAUUUAUGAACGUGACUGUGAUAGUGAAGCCUGUUUUCAACUGGAAUGAUGUGGUUCCAUGUCAACAGCCUAAAGACCCGACCUUAUAAGGCAGGGGCGUCCAACUCAGGGUUAAUUUUAUAAACACAUGAGAAGUUAAAUCUGAAAUAAAACUCACAUCAGUGGUGUUUUUGUUCUUAUUCUGUCUCUUUAUCUGUAGCCUUUCCAGUUCCUUUUUUUCAUGUAAAUCAUUUUUUCACAGACCAACAACAACAUAAAAACCCAAAUACAGACAAAUACAAAUUCUGUCUGUAUACUGGAGGACCAACUCUAGUACACAUUUGAUAUGAUCUCGCGGGCCAAAUAUAUUAACACUACGGACCAGAUUUGGUCCCCCGGGCCUGAGUUUGACACAUGACAUUUACCUCCGUGUACAAAACUACUUCAAUACUGAAACUCAAUCAAUUCAACUGAGAUAAAUCACGAUCUGUUUUGUCUUCCUCUCCGACCUUCGCUCUCUUCAAUUACUUAAGCAUUCUCUGGUGGGCAAAGUGGAUUGUAAAACCUAAGCCCUUCACACAGAGAUGCACAGACAGCUGAUUGGCUGACACAACCACACACACACACACAAUCGUACAGUGACUCAGAAACACUCAUGCCUAGUCUCCGGUGGACGCAGCAGGUGGUGGACAUGUUGUCUCUGGUGUUUUUUACAUGUAUUCUUUAAAAAAAAAAAAGCCGACAUGGGAAACUGUAAUGAUUCCAUGGUGGAGGAGCUUCAGAGCUGUGAGAGCCAUCAGUGGUACAGGAAGUUCAUGACCGAGUGUCCGUCCGGACUCCUCACCUUCUACGAGUUCAAGAAGUUUUUUGGGCUCAAGAAUCUCUCGGCCUCGUCAAACGCCUACAUCCUGACGAUGUUUCGAACCUUUGACAUGAAUGACGACGGGUUCAUUGACUUCAUGGAGUAUGUGGCUGCUCUGAGUCUGGUGCUGAAGGGGGGAGUGCAGCAGAAGCUCCGCUGGUACUUCAAACUCUAUGACAUUGAUGGCAGCGGCUGCAUUGACCGUGACGAGCUGCUGCAGAUAAUCAAGUCCAUCCGUGCAAUCAACGGGAUUCCUCAUGAGAUGUCAGCAGAGGACUUCGCCAACAUGGUGUUUGACAAGAUUGACGUCAAUGGAGACGGAGAACUGUCCUAUGAGGAGUUCAUGGAGGGAGUUCAGAACGACGAGAUGCUCCUGAAGACGCUAACAGAGAGUCUGGACCUCUCACACAUCAUCAGUAAAAUCAAAGGAGAAAUGAGAGUCUAAGGGUUUUUUUUUCUUAAACUCGACGGACUCUGAAGAGCACAUUUCUGUGAAGCUGUGCUGCGGCCACAGGGAUGAAGACGUGGAUUUAAAAAUAAUCCACUAAUGUCGUCAUUGUAUAUGACGCAAACUGAACUUUUCCUCUGCGCCUUCAUGGAUCAUUCGUGUUUUAUUUUUAUUUCUGUCAGCUGACACAGCGCCCCCUACCUCAUUCCUUUAAAAUCUCCUCUCAGAACACCCCAUUUCUGGGAGGUAUAUUUUGGCGGAAGCUCAACAAUGACUUCAUGAAGGAACUGAUUUUUGUUUCAUCUUCUGAUGGACUAAAUAAGUGCAAUACUUUUCAUGAACUUAGAGGUCGCUGCCUGUUGUUUGUGAAUAAAUACAGUUUGAUAUUUACGCACUUAGAAUAAACCUGGAAGUUAUUUUUUUUUCCUUCAGGACAAGACAUUCAAAUAAUGACAAUUUGUAUACAAGCCAAAAAAAACGUUAGUUUAAAGUUAGUGACGCUAUAUGUAUAGGCUUGAACAGUUAAAUAAAGAAAUGUGAAUAAAGGGAUAUUUUUUAAAAAUGCACUGUCACAGUCAUUGUAUGUACGGUGUGUUUAUUAUUAACCCAUUAAA